AUGGCGAAAGACCCAGUUCGAGUUCUUGUCACUGGUGCUGCUGGGCAAAUAGGCUAUGCUAUUGUUCCAAUGAUUGCUAGGGGGGCCAUGCUUGGCCCUGACCAGCCUGUAAUUCUGCACAUGCUUGAUAUUGAACCUGCAGCUGAGUCCUUGAAUGGGGUGAAAAUGGAAUUGAUUGACGCUGCUUUUCCUCUUCUCAGAGGUGUUGUUGCUACAACGGAUGUCCAUGAAGCUUGUAAGGGUGUCAAUAUUGCUGUUAUGGUUGGUGGAUUCCCACGGAAGGAAGGUAUGGAAAGAAAGGAUGUGAUGUCGAAAAAUGUAUCGAUUUACAAGGCUCAAGCUUCAGCAUUAGAAAAGAAUGCUGCUGCAGAUGUCAAGGUGCUGGUGGUUGCCAACCCAGCAAACACUAAUGCGCUCAUCUUGAAAGAAUUUGCACCUUCAAUCCCAGAGAAAAACAUCACAUGCCUUACAAGACUGGAUCACAACAGGGCAUUAGGACAAAUCUCUGAGAAGCUAAAUGUUCACGUCGGUGAUGUGAAGAAUGUUAUCAUCUGGGGCAAUCACUCUUCAACACAGUAUCCUGAUGUCAACCAUGCAACUGUCACCACCAGCGGUGGAGAGAAACCUGUCAGAGAACUUGUGGCUAAUGAUCAAUGGUUGAAUACCGAGUUCAUCACCACCGUGCAGCAGCGCGGUGCAGCCAUUAUUAAGGCCAGGAAGCUAUCAAGUGCACUGUCUGCUGCAAGUUCUGCUUGUGAUCAUAUACGUGAUUGGGUUCUCGGGACUCCUAAGGGUUCAUGGGUUUCCAUGGGUGUGUAUUCUGAUGGCUCUUAUGGAAUCCAGCCAGGCCUCGUAUACUCUUUCCCAGUUACAUGUGAAAAAGGACAAUGGUCAAUUGUGCAGGGGCUCAAGAUUGAUGAGUUUUCGAGGGGGAAGCUGGAUGCAACUGCAGAAGAGCUCAUUGAGGAGAAAUCCUUGGCCCAUUCAUGUCUCAAUUGA